GUUGGUCAGGGAAUAUUGCAAUGAGGCAGGAGACAGUCUUGGCUUAUAAUAGAAAUGAAAAAAGCUUGGUUUCGGUUUUGAAAAAGGUGUCUGCUGAUGAAUCAUUCUGAUUAUACCACCAUUAUAUCCUAUACUUGAGAAUUGUACUACUCUAGAUUGUUAUUAAUACAUAAAACAAAAACAAAAAAUAGAGCUCAUUUGUGGAACCUAAAAACCUUAUCUAAGACCAUGUCAAAGUGAUUUUACUCCAUUUCUGGUUGUUUUGUUCUCCUUCAGCCAUUAUGUCUUUAUUCUGCUAGGUAUCUUGAUCUCCUUCUCCGUGGCACUGGAAUAAGGACUCAAUACCAAUUUGAAACACUCCUCACACAAAUAUCCCCAUUCUAAUUGGACAGAAAAGCAUAAAUAAAAGUGAUAAUGUACACCAUUCCUUCAUUCGAACCCAGCUCUGAAAAGAGGGAUGCAACCGCAAUUCCAACUAACCUCAGAGAUUCACUAUCAUGCCUCGACGUUGUGUGGUCCGAUAUGUUUGAGACUGGAGACUCAGCGAUUGACUUCAUGAAGCUUGAGACUGAUUUUCUUAAAGGAGCGCCUCCACAGUGGCUGAGCUUCAGCACACCAGAGAGCUCACCGUUUGUGGAAAGGGAUUGCUUUACAGAUUUAAUUCAGUUAAUUGAGAGGAAGAAAAGGAAAAGGUGUCUGAUCUCGGAAGUUUCUUUACCGUACCAGCCUGGCAGUGGAGGCUCAACCCUCGCCAUGCAAGUGCUUUGGCAUUUCCACAAAGACCUCAGAUGUGCCAAAGUCAUCCAGUCAGAUUUAGACGAUAAAAAGCUGCCGAAACAAGUGGUGGACCUUUUUCUCCUGUCUAAUGAACAACAUGCAAAACACGAUCAGAAAACCGUGCUGCUUUUGCUGGACACCAAGGAAGACUCAAACAAUGAUCAGCCAAUCAAGAACUCUCUCUGGAACAACCUGAUUGGUGAAAUGCGGGACAGGGACGUCAAUACAGACACCCCAGCUGUGAUCAUUUUACACUGUCGAACUACAACUGUUCGAGCGACAGGCAAUGUGGAGAUUACAAUGAUGCUCUCUCCAAGCGAGAAAAAGAGGUUUGAUCAAAAAAAACAGGAGCUGAAGGAGAAAUACAAGACAAAGUCAGAGACCUUCCAUGCCUUCAACAUAAUGCAGGGAGGUUUCCGGAAGGAGGACGCCGAGAAACUGAUCACAGCAGAAAUGAAGGAAUAUGUGCAAAAGAAUCCAACGUCCAAAAGCACAAGACUUCUCAGCUUUUUGGCUUUGAUAAACUCAUACGUCCCAGGCUCACACUUGUCGAAGCUUUCGUGCGAGGAAUUCACCGCACAAACAGACCGUCCCUCCGAUGAGGCUAACCUCCCACUGGAAACGAUAAUGAAGCCUUUCAUGAAUCUCAUAGUCAUAUUCUCAGAAGGAAAACCAAAAACCGACUGCAUACGCAUGGCACAUCCAAUGAUUGCGGAUGCGUGUGUAAAUAUGCUCACCGAGCACAAACUGACAAGAUUUGACAUCGCUUCCGACUUCUUGCGAAACAUGGUCAAAGGAAAGGAGGGAGAGUACAUGCGAAUUUGCAAGAGAUUGUUAAUCAAAAGGGACGACCCGGAAAAACACAGGUUUUCCAGACUGAUUCAUCGCCUCAAGAUGGGUCACACGAAAUGCAUUUGUUUGUUGGAGCUGGGUUCAGAUUUGUUCACCAAUGACCCUGUCUAUCCUCAAACACUUGCGCGUUUCUAUUACAUUGAGGUAAACAAAUUUGAUAAGGCAGAAAUCUGGGCAAAAAAGGCCAUUGACAGAGCGCCCAAAAAAUCUCACAUCAUGGAUACACUCGGGCAAGUUCACAAAAGCCACUUGCGGACCAUUCUUGCAGAAAACACACGCACAGACACAGACACAGACAAGGUUGUGCAUAUUGCAAACUCUGCCAUCAAAGCAUUUAAAGAGGAAGGAGAAGCAGCAGAAGUCGAGUCAGAAGACAUCUCCAGUUUCAAUAACAGGGGCAAAUUCGGAUAUCUCCAGGUUUGCAAGGACAUCUAUGAUUUAAGUGCAAAAAACCCUCUCGAACAAAAAUACAGUGGAUUCAUCAGUGGUCUCAGAGGUGACGUCGAGGAGAGAUAUGAUUUCUUUGAAUGGUACCUGGCAUUCUCAAGACCAAGGAUCAAUAAACAUGACCCGAACUACCUUCAUGAUGACAUUGAAGAGUGCUACAAGCGAUACUUUGAAACGCCAACUCGUGAAGACAGCCUGAAUGAGAAAAAAAUGAAGUCUUUUGCCGGACUACUUCACUUCCCCAAAUCUGAUAUUAGUGUGCUUAAACGAAAUCUGAGUGCAUUUCAAAAUCCACAAUCUGAUGACGAAACCCAGAACAUUCUCUACGUUUCCGCCAACAUCAUCCUGAGUGUGUUUGAUGAGCAGUCUGAUAAAGUCGAGGAGCUCCAGGCCAGCUUGCAGAAACUCUGGCAGAGCAAAGAGGAACGCAGAGACCCAGAGUUUUACCUCUUGAUUCUUCUGCUCUUUUGGUUUGAUGAGGCACAGACGAGAAUCCCAAACCCUCCAGACCUGAUCAAAUGUGUCCGAUAUAUGCACGAUUCAUAUGAGAAGAACUAUCAGAAAUACCUCCGCGGACGCUACCUGGUGCCUUUGCUUUUCUUUGGGGAAGGGACUGGUUUGCAGAGACUGGUUCACAGCUCACAACUACAUCCGGAUGAUUCUCCUGGCGAGUUGGAGCUCCUGUUAGAAAAAGGUGGAGUUAAUCGUCUCAAGCGGAUCAGCGGGACGGUCGAGGAGAAACAAAAAGUGUUUGCUAUUAGAGACGGGAAACAGAUUCAAGUCACUCCUCACAAACCGGCCAGUGUUUACAAACAAGGCGAGGUGUCUUUCUACCUCGGCUUUAAUAUCAGAGGACCCGUUGCCUUCAACAUCACAUACACAUGAAGUAAAGUAUCUGAUGCUAGUUCAUGGAUUAUCACAUAAACACAUGUGCAUUGACCCUGGAAAUGCUCAACAGUGACUAAAGACUGAGAGAGAGAGAGAGAGAGAGAGAGAAACUUUCCCAUCAGGCUAAAAGACUGCACAAUAAUGAUGCAACGUUUACCAAAUCAUGUUUAUGUAAUAUUCAGUAAUAGUUAUAUUUGAAUUGUAUGAUUUAACUGCUUUAACUGAUUCUCCGAACUCAAAUAUUACAAAUCUUGUCUUGAGAUCUUUUAGAAAAAAAUCACAAGUUUAUGUAAAGUAUGAUGCAUAAUUUAGACAUUUUAUGAGGUAAAGAACGUGUUAAGGAAGAGAGGGGAAAUUAAAAAAAUAUUAGUUAAUAUUAUUAUGCUGGUGGUGGGUUGGUAAGUUCAAACUAUUUUAAUUGUUUAUACAGCUAGAGAAAAUUGACAUUUUAGACAUUUGAGAUGCAUUUAUUAUUUGCUGCAGUGUGUCUAUAUAUGUAUUUCAAUAAAAGUUAUAUUACAGUA